UUCCCGCUUGCAGUAGCUGGUUGUCAUCCAGUAAUGCCCAGAGUGAGAAAGAGGGUCACAGACAGAGGGGUCCCACUCUAUGUUUUGGAGAGAGCCUCUAAUAAGAUCAGGGAUGAAAGCAGAGCAGUUAGGGCAGUGGCAAAAGAGUUUGCCAUCUGUCACACCACCUUGUACAGGUUCCACAAAAAGAGAACAAGACUGCAAGCAGAGGGACAUGAUAACUUACCAAGAGUUGGUUACUGGAGCAGCAGGAGAGUAUUUACUGAUGAACAGGAGAAGAACGUCGUGCGGUAUUUAAAAAAGGCAGCUGACCUGUACUUUGGAUUAUGUCCCAAACAGGUUAGGACGUUUGCCUAUCAGCUGGCCACUCACUAUGGGUGCAAAUUCCCUGAGCAGUGGGAAGAGAAAGGUAUGGCUGGUGAAGACUGGUUUUCUGGAUUUAUGAAGAGGAACACCUGUCUCUCAAUUAGACGCCCACAAGCCACAAGCUUGUCGAGAACAUCCAGCUUCAACCAGGUGAAUGUAGGAAAGUUCUUUGACAAUCUCAGCAAAGUUCUUGAGAAGCACAACUUUCCUCCUCAGAAUAUUUGGAAUGUUGAUGAGACGGGCAUAACAGCAGACCAGACACCUGACAAGGUUGUAGCCAGAGGUGGGGAGAAGCAGGUUGGGGCUCUUACCUCAGCUGAGCAGGGCACACUGGUCACAAUGGCUUUUGCAGGGAAUGUAAUUGGCAAUACCAUACCACCAAUGUUUAUUUUCCCACAUGUCAAUUUUGAGUCCCACUUUAUCCGCGAUGGACCGACAGGCUGUAUAGGGACGGCCAACCACACUGGAUGGAUGCAUGAGGCUGACUUCUUGGUGUAUUUAAAGCACUUCCAGCUGCACACUCAUAGCUCCCCAGAGAAUAAAGUCCUGCUGAUUCUGGACAAUCACCCUUCACACCUUUCCGUCGAGAGUGUGAACUUUUGCCGCAGCAGUGGCAUUGUGCUGCUGUCGUUGCCACCCCAUUGUUCUCAUAAGUUGCAACCUCUGGCCAGGACUGUCUAUGGACCUUUUAAAAAGGCAGUGAAUACAGCCUGCGAUUCAUGGAUGAGAAGUCAUCCUGGCAUGACAAUGACGAUCUAUGACAUCCCAAGCAUUGUCAAAGACUCUCUUCUUCUUUCUGCAACACCAUCAAAUGUGCAGGAGGGGUUCCGCUGCACAGGGAUCUGGCCCUUUAAAAGGGAUAUUUUUCAAGACCGUGAAUUUUCCCCUUCGCUGGUCACUGAUCGGCCUCUAGCCCCUACCUCUGGGUCUCCAUCAGCAGCUCCUGCAGCCUCCUCUGGUCCUGCAACAGCCUCACCUGCUCCUGCGACCUCCACGUCUCCUACACCAGCCUCACCUGAACGUGAAUCAGAAGAAGAGGAAGUCUGCAUUGUUGAGAGUUUUUCAAGACCAAGGGAAGUCUGGUUACAGUGCUGGAACUGUAAAUCCUGGG